AUGGCGCCUCCCAAAAAGACACUUGAGACCUCCAAGGUCCCCGAUCCAACGACGGAACCAGUAUCGGCUGUUCUACUGUUCCACACGAACACGGCUAAGCCGCCGCACCCUGCAUUGCAAGAUGAUCCCGCCAAAUACCCCCAGGGAAUCAAGCUAGCCACUAUCGUGGCUAGCAUCUUCGCUGUCGUUUUUGUUGCCGCGGUAUGGGACCGAACAAUUAUCAGCACCGCAGUCCCCAGGAUAACCGACGAAUUCCAUUCGAUCGAUGACAUUGGCUGGUACGCAAGCGCAUUCCUCCUCUCUGGCUGUUCCUUCAUGCUUGUGCUUGGGAAGUUGUACCAACUCUACCCUAUCAAAAUUGUGUACUUAUCCUGUCUCACCAUCUUCGAAAUCGGUUCCGCACUCUGCGGCGCAGCUCCCUCCUCAGCCACCCUCAUCGCCGGCCGAGCAGUCGCUGGCCUGGGGUUCGCCGGCUUGUUCUCCGGCACCGUAAUCAUCAUGGUGCACACUGUGCCUUUGGAAAGACGACCCGUCUUCCAGGGAGCGUUUGGCGCUAUGUUUGGGUUGGCGUCGGUGCUUGGGCCGUUGCUUGGGGGUGUGUUCACGGAUAGGGUAUCUUGGAGAUGGUGCUUCUACAUUAACCUCCCAAUCGGCGGCGUUAUAGUCAUAGCGCUUAUCUUCCUGCUUCAUAUCGACGACAGACGACCCGCGACCAUCAAAAACCUCUCGUUACGCGAAAAGAUACAGCGCCUCGAUCCCAUAGGUACCGUCAUCUUCCUCGGCGGCACAAUAUGCCUCCUCCUCGCGCUCCAAUGGGGCGGCACCGAGUACUCCUGGAGCAGUGCGAGAGUUGUCGUCUGUCUCCUCCUCUCCGGCAUCCUCCUCAUUUCCUUCAUCGGUAUCCAGAUAUGGAAGAAAGAAGAAGCCACCGUCCCACCCCGCAUCAUCACGCAGCGCUCCGUUGCCGCGGCAGUGUACUAUGCCUUCUUCACCGGCGCGAGUAUGAUGGUCGCCGUUUAUUACAUACCAAUCUGGUUCCAAGCCAUCCAAUCCACAACCGCCAUAACCUCCGGCCUCCGCACACUCGCCCUCAUCCUCCCCCUCGUAAUCGCUAGCAUCCUCGCCGGCCAACUAACGUUCCGCACGGGGUACUAUGUUCCACAGAUGCUCCUCAGCUCCGUUCUCACGUCCGUUGGGGCAGGGCUGCUUACAACAUGGACUGUAGACUCGGGAAGGGGGAAGUGGAUCGGCUAUCAGAUCCUGUAUGGCUUCGGGCUGGGAUUCGGCAUGCAACAAAGCAACAUGGCGGUCCAGGCCGUUCUAAGCAGGAGAGAUGUACCCACCGGCACGGCGCUGAUUUUCUUCGCUCAAGCGCUCGGUGGUGCCGUAGCGAUGAGCGUUGCGCAGAACCUGUUCGCUUCGCGGUUUACGGACUACUUGGGGGGUAUCCAAGGACUUGGGGCGCCUGUUGCUAUUGUAUUAGGUGCUGGCGCGACGGGGCUGAGGCGCGUUGUGGAUCCAGCGGUGUUGGGGGAGGUACUUCAGGCGUUUAACAAGGCACUGAUUAAAGCGCUCUGUGUCGUUAUUGCAGCGAGUUGUUUUACUAUCGUAGGGGCGCUCUCGAUGGAGUGGAGGAGUAUCAAGCAUGGCGAGGGACAGGGAGAAGAGGGCAUGCAGGAAGCGAAAAGAAAGGAAGGAGGUGGCGAGGCGAAGGUGUAGGAUCGGCGUCGCAUGGCUUGAGCGCGUUGACUACGCCUACGAUCCUGAUCUCAACCUCUUUCUCCACACGCUGUUGUUUCAUGUUACUCACUUCAUCCUUCGCUCUAUCACAGAACGCGAAGACGUAGGCGUAUAGAAAGCACAUGAGCUCGCAGAUGACAAGCCACUAACUGCACUCGACUUCGACUUCCAAACGUUAAGAACUCAUACGUUCCCACACAAAGGUAGCCCCUUGGGAAUUCACACUUCACUAGUGCGCUUGGUGUUGCAUUGGCGGGGUUGGCUCACACGCCCGUCUACUCUCUUGCGAUCCCGAGGAUGUGUAAGCGGAGCACCACCAGUUAUCUUCGCUGGCACCGGCCAGGAAUCUGCUCGUAGUUAUCACAGUAUCUUUCUAGACCCCAUAUUAGCUCGCGAGGAGCACUA